AUGGAGCUGAAAAAUCAUGUAUCCGUGGCCAGGAGUGAGGAGGUUAAACGGCCUUUAGCGGAUUUUCCCGUUAAUAUAUGGGAAGAUCCUUUGACAACUUUCUCGGUUCUCGAUCUGGAUAGUGAGAAAAACAAGGAGAAGCUGCUUUCACUCAAGGAAAAAGUGAUGGAAUCGUUCAUGGCUUCAAGACAAAAUCCUAUUGAGAACAUCAAACUCAUUGAUGCUCUUUGUCGCCUCGGUAUCUCCUAUCACUUUGAACGUGAAAUCUUCAUGCAGCUGGAGACGAUAUUUGGCUCUCAUGAUUUCAUGCAGAUGAUAAUAGACAACGAGUCCAGUUUAUACACUGUUGGUCUUGUCUUUCAAAUUUUUAGGCAGUUCGGCUAUAAAUUCACUACCGAUGUGUUUGAAAAGUUCAAGAACAAGGAUGGUAAGUUUGAGGAUUGUCUAGCCGAGGAUGCAAAAGGUGUGUUAUGCCUUUAUGAAGCUGCCCAUUGGAGCACCCAUGGCGAAGAUAUGCUUGACGAAGCUCUCACUUUCUCUAGGUCUAUUUUGGAAGAAAUUGCUUCUCGAUCUAGUGAUCCUCAUCAUCUCACAGUUCGCAUCAAGAAUGCCCUCAAGCAUGCAUAUCCUAGGGGUAUCUCAAGGAUAGAGACAAGACAAUAUAUCUCAUACUAUGAAAAAGAAGAUUCCCACGAUCAAACUUUGCUUGAAUUUGCUAAGGUAGAUUUUAAUCUACUUCAAGUGUUAUACCGCGAAGAGCUUGGCCAAGUCUUUAGGUGGUACAAUAAUCUAAACCUCGAAUCAAAAUUGCCGUAUGCAAGGAAUAGGACGGUUGAAAGCUACUUGUGGGCAGUUGGAGCACACUUUGAACCAUGUUAUUCGCAAGCAAGGAUUAUAUUUGCCAAACUAAUAAUUGUUUUGACACUAGUUGAUGAUACAUAUGAUGCUUAUGGCACGAUUCAAGAGCUUGAACCAUUUACAGAUGCGUUGUUACGGUGGAACCCUAGUGGUAUUGAAGGUCUCCCAGAGAGCAUGAAAUACAUUCACCGUGUUGUGUUAGAGUUCUUUGACAAACUCGAGAAGGACAUGGAGAAGGAAGGAAGGCCAGGAUAUGGCCUCUAUGCAAAACAAUCGAUGCAAGUAACGGCUAAGUCCUAUAUUCAAGAGGCAAAAUGGUUGAAUCAAGACUACGUGGCCACAUUUGACGAGUACAAAGAAAAUGGAGUUUACUCGGCGAGUUUUUUGGCAUUGUCAACAGUAUCCUUUCUAGGAAAAGUGGAUGAAGUCACACUUGAUGUGCUUGAAUGGUUAAACACUUUCCCACCACUUCUAGUGUCUUCGUCGUUGAUAGGCCGCUUUUGUAAUGACAUUGCAAGCUGCGAGUUUGAGCAUAAAAGAAAGCAUAUAGUGACAUCCAUUGAUUGUUAUAUGAAACAAUAUGGUGUUUCAUGGGAGAAAGCCACAGAAGAAAUCAAAGUCAUGGCAUCUGACUCAUGGAAGACUCUUAACCAAGAACUGAUGAUGAAGCCUCACCAGUUUCCUUUCUCUGUCGUCAUGCGAUUUCUAAACCUCUCGAGGGUCAUGGAGGUUUUCUACAAGAAGACUGACAUAUUCACGCAACCUGAGUUGAUGAAAGAUUAUGUGGUUUCUUUGUUCCUCAACAAAAUACCCAUAUGAUCAGAAGUACUAUACGACAUCUACAAGUGUUCUUUUUUUUUUACUUUCUCGGUUUUAU